AUGCCACCGAAACGCGCCGCACUCAUUCAGAAUCUUCGUGAUAGUUACACGGAAACAAGCAGCUUUGCUGUCAUCGAGGAAUGGGCCGCCGGUACACUUCAGGAGAUUGAAGGAAUCGCGAAGGCGGCAGUCGAGGCUCAUGCCACCAUUCGUAACAGCACGUACGGCCGUGCCCAGGCUGAAAAGUCGCCAGAACAACUUUUGGGAGUGCUGCAGCGAUACCAAGAUCUUUGCCACAACGUUUAUUGCCAGGCAGAAACCAUCCGGACCGUCAUCGCAAUUCGCAUCCCCGAGCAUAAGGAAGAAGAUAACCUUGGUGUGGCUGUGCAGCACGCUGUGUUGAAAGUCAUUGACGAACUUGAGAUUAAGACGCUCGGAAGUGGUGAAAAGAGUGGCAGCGGCGGCGCACCGACACCUAUUGGAAUGUAUGCCCUUCGGGAGUACUUGAGCGCGCGAUCAACAGUGGAGGAUAAGUUGCUUGGAAGCGUUGAUGCGGAGAGCGGCAAGACAAAGGGAGGAAGCCAAUCUCCUUCUCUUCUGUUGGAACUUCGCCAAAUUGACGCGGAUUUCAUGCUGAAGGUCGAGUUGGCCACCACUCACCUUUCCACAAUGGUGCGGGCGGUUAUCAACGCCUACUUGCUGAACUGGAAGAAGCUCAUUCAGCCUCGUACGGGAAGCGAUCAUAUGGUGAGUUGA